AUGCAUGGCGGUUAUGGCGCGGGCUUCGCGGUGCAGAUUUCUGGCAUACGGAGGGAGAGUUCCCAUGUGAAGUACUGCAUCGAGAUCCGGAGAGAUGGCGAGCACUGGAAGGUGAACCGCCGCUUUCGGGAUCUUUUCCAGCUCCACAACUUGCUGCGCUCCAAGUUUGGGGCGGAGCUUCCGGCCCUCCCCACGCGCCGCGCCUAUGGCCUCGGCAAGUUGUUCUUCGGGGACCAGGAGGAGCAGUUCAUCGCGGAGCGGCAGAAGGAGCUGCAGAAGUACCUGGAGGCGGUGCUGCGCUUGGACCCCUCCCUCUCCCACGGGGCUUUGCGCCUCUUCCUGGGCCUCACUGCGCUGCCGGCCGAGCUCAGCCUGGAGGUGCCUGGCGCGCCAGAGACCAGCUGGAAGACGCCCAAGGUGGAUUUGCGGCUGUUGCGGACCCUCCUAGACCAAACUCUGCCGGCAGAGAAGGCGCACCUUGUAGAUGCGCCGCUCUCGGUGAUCGAGCUGCAGGAGGUGGCGGUGCCGCUGUUGUUGGCCGCGGGCUGCACGUGCUGCCUGGCGCUCUCCGCUGGCUCCCGGCAGCUGCGCACUGCGGCGCGCCAGGCCAUGCCGCAGCUCCGCGCGACAGCAAAGGUCUACGUCCUCAGCGCCUGGAACAGCAGACCGCCAUCUUUGUCCGUCUUCUGCCCACGAUCCUGCAGUUUCGAGCCAGUGCCUUUGUGCCCUCUGGGCUCCUACUAUGCCGUUGCAUCGCGGCGGAGCGACCUCUACAUUCUCACAGCCGGUCAGGAUGCAGCCUCCGCUGGUACCGCAUGGCGGUCGUCCUUCCACUGCUGGCGAGCUUUGCAGCAGCAGUGGUGGCAGCUGCCACGGCGACCAGGGGACGAUUGCACCCGCUUCGCCCUCGCCACAGCAGGCUCCGCCAUCUAUGCCUUGGGAGGCAGUGGGCGCCGGGGCUGCGUCGCCAGCUGCGCGCGCUUCGACAGCAGCUGGGAGACGCUGCCGCCGAUGCCGCGGCCGCGGUGCGACGCGGCGGCGGCGGCGCGGCAGGGCCACGUCUUCCUCAUCGGCGGCACUGACAAGACAGGGGAGGCCAGCUCCGCGGUGGACUUCUUCGAUAUUCGCGGCGGACAAUGGCGUCAGGGCCCCCCACUCCUGGCCGCCCGGCACUCGGGCGCCGCGGUGAGCUUCUCCGAGGGCUUGCUGCUCUUCGGCGGCUCCGCGGUGGCCAGGGGCCAUCUGCUGGCGGACGCCGUGUCCCCCCCGGACCCGGAGAUCCGCCGCCACCGCUGGGAGCUGCUGCCGGCGCCCGCGCGGCUGCGGCGCCACGGCUGCGGCGCCGCGCAGGUGGCCGGCAAGGUCUAUGUCUUUGGGGGCUAUGAAGCAGAUAUGGCCGACGUGGACGUGUGGGACGGUGAGACUUGGGAGACGCUGCGCAUGCCGCCGGCCUUGUAUGGGCAGUGCCAGGCAACUGUGGCAGUUUCGUAG